CUUCAUCUGAAUCUUUAUUUGGCAAUUUCUGUUACUCACCACAGCCUCCAGCAAGCAUGUCGACACAAGAGGAGCUCGAUCUGAUGAACCGAAUCAGCAGCCUAGCUGGUCGAAUCAAUCGUCACAAGGCUCAGCAGAAUGACCCAUCAAGUGGUUUUGUGAACCAUCCUCCCCCGAGCUCGAAUUACCGUGGAUCCUUCCGCUCAGCCCCAUAUCCUCGUGGAGGCUACCGCGGCAGUGGUCGUGGCCGCGCGCCGGUUUACCGAAACAAGACGCUGGUCUUGAACGGUCAAUCGCAAACCAGUCCUACCGACACGAGCGAAGCGAACAGUCCAUCUUGGGUCUCGAAGACGGAUCGCCAUCUUCAACUGAUCAACAGCGCAGUCUUCGAGAAAGAGUCGCAGAAUCGCACUCAAGCGAUCGAGCAAUCUCUUCGUCAGAAGCGGCUCCAGAAGGACCGGACGGAGAAAACUCACUUUGCAAAUUAUCUGCGCCACAACGCAAACACCGCAUCAUCAUCAAGCUCUUCUAACACAAACUACGAAGUCACAGUAGAUGGCAUUCGUUUCCAGGUCACCAAGCAAGGCAGUAAGCUCAUUCGAGCACCCAACAAUCCCGCUUCAACCACUCCGCGAGUCGCCACAAUUGGAGGUGUUAAGUUCCAUCGCACCAAGAAUGGAAAUCUUGUGAGACACGGAAUCGCGAGAGCCCAACGGCUGGCUGGUGGAAUCAAGAAGGUCGAUGUGCCGUGCAAGACCUUCUCGUGGACUGGUUCUUGCCCCAAGGGUCCCCUAUGCCGAUAUACCCACGACCCCACGAAAGUAGCCAUCUGUCGAGAUUGGCUCGUGAAGGAUGCGUGUCAGAACGGCGAAGCUUGUGAUCUCGCCCAUAACGCUGCGGAAGAACGAACACCGCUUUGCUUGCACUUCGCGAAGGGGCGGUGCAACAACGCUUCAUGUCCCUACGUUCAUGCCGAGCACUUGCAGACGGAUCUCGUCUGCGGGGCGUUCGGAGCGUAUGGAUACUGUGAGAAGGGAUCGCAGUGUCCUGAUCGCCACGUGUUCGAAUGCCCUGAUUUUUCCAACACCGGUGUGUGCACGACGAAAGGAUGUAAGCUUCUUCACAGAGAAAGGGCAAGCGUCCUUCGGAAGGCUGCAGAUCACGCAAUGGACGACGUGUCGAGCGACGACGACGACACUGGUGGUAGUGAGGACAUAGAUUCCGAUGAAGUAGAGGAGUUCAUCGGCACUGAUGACGUGGAGGAUAUGGACUUCUCGACGCAGAUGGACUACAUCGGCUUUUAAUAGCCAUAGCGCAAGGCGAAGCGAGCUAUUACGGUGGUGCAAUCCCUCGAGGAAGCGCCUGUGAUAACUGGACGCACUAACAUUUUAGGUCUCUGUAGCAUUCAUUGCCUGGAGGUCGCACAGCCGUUGCAGCCACGCUCUGAUUCAUCUACAUAUUGAUGACUUGACAAAUGCUUGGAAUUUGAGGAGAACUGCAUGGCUGCAUUUGGUUGGCGUAUGAAGCACCGCCUUGUUCGUACUUCCACUUCAGUGAUACCCUGCAACGACAUUGUUCGUCCCAAACUUGUAUGGAUACGAUACCCCAGUGGUAGUCGUACAGACGAGAAGAAGCAUAGGAAGAUAGACAAUUGAAAAAUGCACGAAAUUUAGUUAG